AUGAUGUUCCGAGACCAGGUGGGCAUCCUGACGGACUGGUUCAAGAGCUGGAACGAGUGUGAGCAGACGGUGGCGCUUCUGUCCCUGCUGAAGAGAGCGUCUCGUACCCAGGCCCGCUUCCUGCACAUCUGCCUGGAGCACUGGCUGGCAGACUGCACUGAGAUCCACAUCCUGGAGGCUGAGGCCAACAAUGCAGGUAGCUAAUGACUGCAGAUUUCUGAAGGACACAUUUGAAACCCUAUUGGAUUAGCCAUGUUGCAUUACCGGUAUACCUUGUCUUACAGUGUAAAAACCUUGUGUAACAGAUAGACCUACGACCUGUAAAAAUGUAUUUUACUUGUAAUGAACUGCCCCUCUGUCCCUCCCCUCUCCAGACAUUGUGAGCCAGUGGCACCAGGAGCCCAUGGAGAAGGCGGUGUCCCUGCUGCUGUCCCACCUGCCCCUGCUGCAGCCCCGCAACAGCGAGGCCAAGUGUGAGUACAUGAAGCUACUGCAGAAGGUGCUAAGCUACACCAUCGAGAGCAGCCUGUUUGUGGAGGAGAGCAGACAGCUGCUGUCCUACGCCCUCAUCCACCCGGCCACAACCCUGGACGACCGCACCUCGCUGGCCAUGUGGCUCAACCACCUGGAGGAGCACCUCUCCAGUGGCUACCCAGCGCCCUCCUCCCGGCCCCCCUCCGGCCCCUACCACCCCCGUCAGGGCUCAGAUGAGUGGCCGGGCUCCGCAGAGGGCCUGGACCCUGGCCACGGCUGGCUGGACAAACCCCCCUCCUCCAGCUCCUCCCCUGCAGGGCAGAACGGACACAUGUCUUUCCAGGGUGGGAUGCCCUCGCCCAUCAACAGCAACAACGCAGGUCAGUGGUUCACAUCUCCUACCAUGCCAGAGUGAGGGUGAGAAAGGGGUGAAUAGGCAUAUACUAAACGUAACUGAGAUACAAUACAACUUUUUGUGGUUAUGUAAUCAUGCUCAACUAUUUAGUCUGUGAUCUUUGUCAUGAUUGUCACAACUUUGUAAAUAGUCUGUCUGUAUAGGCCCAGCCUUCAUUAAAGUGAUUGUUUCUAACAUCCUGCCCCUCCUGUGUCACCUGCCAGGCAUGGGUCAGAUGGGCCAGCCCAGUCCUCUGAAGAGGUCCUUGUCCCUGAUCCCCUCCAGUCCCCAGGUCUGUGGCUCAGAUUGGCUGAGCCAGGACGACCUGGUGGGGAGACAGGCCUUUGACCACGCGCCCCUGUCCCCCCAGAGUAGUGUGGCAUCCUCAGGCAGCGAGCAGACUGAGGACCAGGGCUCCAGAAACACCUUCCAGGAGGACGGCAGUGGCAUGAAAGGUCAGGAGGUCAACCAUAACACGCCAGGGGUUCAAAGCUAACAACAGGCCAGGGGCGGUCACAUUGUUGUUGGUAUUUCACUCUGGGAAAAGCCAUGCCAACAGCUACUGCACUUGGUAAUGGUGGAAUUGCCUUUUCAGUGGGAUGCUAUUUUCUUUUGUCCCCUCGUGUUUUUUUGUUUGUUUGUGUGUGCUCCAGAUGUCCAUGAAAAAUAAGUAGGACAGCGUUCUCCAACUAAUAGAUCUGAAGUAUUUAUUUUGACAUGCACUGCACGGAUGCGUCAAGCAUUCCACAGCAAUAUCUAUUAUUCGUUAGUUCUAUCCUUCUCGUUGUUCAGUGACUAGAGUUACAAGGACUCAGCAGGAGUAGAAUAACAUGUUAUGAGCAUGUUGUUUUUCUACUUUCUGUUUCAGAUGUGCCCAUGUGGCUGAAGAGCCUCCGUCUUCAUAAAUACGCAGCCCUUUUCUCCCACAUGACUUAUGAGGAGAUGAUGAUUCUGACAGAGCACCACCUGGAGUCACAGGUUUGUCAUCGUUUGUCACAGGUUGGUCAGCUUCUCACGUUAGUCCUCUCUCUCUUUCCCCUGCCCUCCUCAUCAGGGCUUUAUAGAUAUGGCCUGUGUAUUGUCCUCCAGCAUAGUGAUACCUCAGCCCUCAAUGAGCCAUGAAAUUAAGCAUCGCUGCACCCUACAGUUAUACACAUCCUCCCUGCGCAGAUAAACGAUGCCGUCUUGGCUCUGAUCCAUAGCUUUAAUGAAACCGCUGGUGAUCAGGAGUGUUAUUUAGUAACUGGAUAUCUGGAUGUCCGUGUUGCUGUGAGCAGUUAACUCUUCGUCUUCUUCCAGAAUGUGACCAAAGGUGCGCGGCACAAGAUAGCCCUGAGUGUCCAGAAGCUACGAGAGAGGCCAAGCGUUCUCAAGUCUUUAGAGAAGGUAAACCACAUGCUGUCACCACUAUUAUUUUAAAAGCAUUUCAGAUGCAUUUUUAUCUGGUAAUAGCCAUGUUGUUCUGAACAACUUAACUGUUAGUUUCCAUUUGGAUCCCUGUAGCUUAGAUGGAAAAAUCCAAUUAAAUGUGAAUGAACAUAUCCACUAUAAUAAUCACAAAUAUUGUAGAUAUGCUACGACUCACAUUUUCUUUCAUUGAAAAGUUGAGCAGCAAUUCCAUGACAAUUUCCUGUCACACUUCAAGACAGCUUUGCUAAUAAGAUAAUGCUAUGAUUGAUCCAACAGGAUAUAUUGGAGGGGGGCAACCUGCGUAACGCCCUACAGGAGCUACAGCAGGUUAUCAUCACCCCCAUCAAGAUCUACAGCUACAGCCCUCCCAGUGUUUCCCACAGGGACAUGGACGGGAGUGGAUCCCCCUCAGAACACUCCAACCCUGGGGAGGACAAGGACCUGGCCCAGGAGGGCUUCCAGCCCCACAACCCCCCUCCCUGCGACGGGGAGUCCUCAGCCACGCCCAUCUCAGACGGUGACAUUGCUGGCCAGUUCACGCGUGUCAUGGGUAAAGGUAUGAAUGGACAAGGCUUUUACAGGGCUGAGUACGUGUACAUGUAUAUCGUGCAUUUGGACAAUUGUUACUCUUGUUUGUAAUUGUGUGCUGUGCACUUGUUUGUGUGGAUGUGAGGUGUGUGUUUUGUUUGGAAUGAGUAUUGGAGGGGGUGUGUGGGUGUUGUGUAGCAUUGUGUGAACCUCCUGUCCGUGUGUUGCAGUGUGCACUCAGCUACUGGUGUCACGGCCAGACGAGGAGAAUAUCAGCUGUUACCUGCAGCUCAUUGAGAAAUGUCUGACACAUGAGGUGAGACCGCGCAAAACCACAUCUAUAAAAUAAAGACAUUUAAACCUUUUCACAUACAGCUAGCUGGUGGUUUAAAAUGUGACACGGCUGCAAAUGAUGUGUAACAACACCUAAUGCUCCUCUCAAUGGUAUGUUGCAUAUAGAAUUUUCACUGCACUAAGAAAUCAAUUUUAUUUUUCAUUUUCCCCCCCUGCUAUGUUUGAACCAUGACCAGGAGUUCAAACACUUUCUCUCUCUCUCUCUCUAUCCAAUUAAAAUGUGUAUCUUGCCCUCUCAACUGGGGUGAAGUAUUUGAUGUCUCUAGCUACCUGUUUGAAACCCUGAUCCUGAUGAUUUCUCUCUCGGUCUCUUUUACUUCUCUCUCUCUCUCUCUCUCUCACCAUCUCUCUUACCUCGCUCUUAUCGCUCUCUCUCUCAUUCUCUCUCUCUCUCAGGCUUUCACAGAGACUCAGAGGAAGAGGCUGGUCUCCUGGAAGCAGCAGGUUCUCAAGCUGCUCCGCCUGUUCCCAAGGAAAGCCAUGCUGGACAUGCCUGUGUACCGACAGAAAGGGUAAGAGAACUGAACUAAGAGAACUGAACAGGUCAUGGCAGCUGAGAGUCUCUCUCUCUCUCGCGCUCUCCCCCCCCCCCCCCCCCCCCCCAUCAUCUGGAUUUCCCCCAGGGCUCUGUCUGAUAACUGUUCUCUCUGCCUCCUCUAGCUGGGCGUAUGGUUCCAACUCCCUCCCCACAGCAGGCUCUGUGAGUGCUGGGGGUCUGGCACGUAGGGGGCAGAGGGUAUUCCAGAUGCCCGCUCGUGGCCUCCCUGCCGGGCGCAUGGGUCUCCUGAGUCCAGGUGGCAUCGGGGUUGCCUCCCCACGCCACACCCUCACCAGCCCUGCACUGCCAGGCCAGGGCAGACAGGUCAGUCAUAGGAUGGGAUCAUGUCAUAUAGUCUGGGGCAUUGAAUACACCCACUGAAGUUCACAUAUAGAAAAGUCAGAUUCAUUCACGAGAUAAUACAUUUUCUAAGAAGUCUUUGUCAUUGAGGGUUGCAGCUAGUUAGCCAACAUUAGAUUUGACAUUCGAUUAUAUUGAUCUACACGUUAUUAUACCCACAUAGUGAUGAACUAUCCUUAGACAACAUUUUUUUGACAGAUAAACAAGUGCAACCACAUAAAGUGCUGACAGUUUAAUCAAUGCAAUACCCAGGGCAACACGUGGGUUAGGCAGUGCAUUUUGAUAUGCAUUGGUUCAUUAUCAUAGCUGGAAGAGUCUCUUUGUAAUCAUCGGCUUGGGAAGACUAACACGGUGUACAACAUAUAGGAUGAGUGGCAUGUUUGUGAUGAGAGUUGAUGUUCUGUUGUCUCUGUAGAACCUGUGGUUUGCCAACCCUGGGGGCAGCAACAGCAUGCCAAGCCAGAGUCGCAGCUCUGUGCAACGGACCCACUCACUCCCUGUCCACACCUCCCCACAAACCAUGCUCCUGUUCCAGCAGCAAGGUAGGAUCCUAGCAACGCCUUCCCCAAAAUAUUACCCCAACCACUUCUAAACAUCAUAGACACUGUCUUACACAUACCAUCCAUGUCUCACUACAACCUCCAUUCACAUUUCCUUUUAUAUCCCAGUGAAAUCUCCUUCCAAACCCAAUCAUACACAGCCUUUAUGCAUCUCACCCACAUAGCCUUCCAAACCCAAUCAUACACAGCCUUUAUGCAUCUCACCCACAUAGCCUUCCAAACCCAAUCAUACACAGCCUUUAUGCAUCUCACCCACAUAGCCUUCCAAACCCAAUCAUACACAGCCUUUAUGCAUCUCACCCACAUAGCCUUCCAAACCCAAUCAUACACAGCCUUUAUGCAUCUCACCCACAUAGCCUUCCAAACCCAAUCAUACACAGUCUUUAUGCAUCUCACACACAUAGCCUUCCAAACCCAAUCAUACACAGCCUUUAUGCAUCUCACCCACAUAGCCUUCCAAACCCAAUCAUACACAGCCUUUAUGCAUCUCACCCACAUAGCCUUCCAAACCCAAUCAUACACAGUCUUUAUGCAUCUCACCCACAUAGCCUUCCAAACCCAAUCAUACACAGCCUUUAUGCAUCUCACCCACAUAGCCUUUUAAACCCAAUCAUACACCGGUUUACGCAUCUCCCUACAAACCGCAUUCACACGGCUCCAUAUCUAAUGCAUCUGUCCGUUUUUAAAGUGUGAUUAAUGGUCCAGAUAUAGUACACACAGACACACAGGAUAACUGAGUGACCUGUCUCCUCUCUCCCAGAAUGCCAAGUUCCAGGUGCAGACCUGGAGAUCAACCCCACGCUGGAGUCACUGUGCCUCAGUAUGACAGAGCAUGCCUUAGGGGGUGAGUUAAAACACGCUCCUUACACUCCCACAUCCACCUUUUUGGAAGUGUUAUGACACUGAUAUUUAAAACCACAUUUAGGUUUCCUGGAAUGUUCUGAUGUUAUUGAAAGGUUUAAUUUUGAUUAGGCAGAGAGUACAAUAAAAUUAAUUUUUUUAUCCUCCUUCCUGUAGAUGGAAUGGACCGAACAUCAACAAUAUGAAAAUAAAAGCAGUGAAAAGAAGAAACCAAACCGACACUUCACUUCAACUGAGGCCUGUUCAGUUCCUCUUGCCCAGCACAAAAAUAUAUGCUUAAAAAACAAAGCGAAAUGGUCACUACAAAACGACAACUAACUGUGUAUAUGUUCUCUGAUAUUUUUCUACUUUAUUAUACUUAACUAAGUUUAUUAUAAAUGGAAUACAGAUUACUAUUAUAUUACAGGAGGGAGAAGAGGUUACUUCUGCAACCUGCUCAAUGUCUUCUGCAGGACUGUGACAUUAAUACGAGCAGAUUGAGGAUCAGAUUGUUGAGCUUUGAGAGGAAAAUGGAGGAUUGGUGCUGUCUUAAGGGGGUUCUACCUUACAUGUUUCUCCUCUUUUCCUCCCAGAAAAAACAAACACGCAGAGCCAC